AUGCCCAGCGCCAGCGCCAGCCGCAAGACUCAGGAGAAGCCGCGGGAAGUCAUGGACGCGGCGGAAGAUUAUGCUAAAGAAAGAUAUGGAGUAUCUUCAAUGAUACAGUCUCAAGAAAAAUCAGAUCGAGUUUUGGUUCGGGUUAGCAAUUUGACAGAAAAAAAAGCUGAUGAAGUUGUUUGGGUGCGUGCAAGGGUUCAUACAAGCCGAGCUAAAGGGAAGCAGUGUUUCUUAGUCCUACGUCAGCAGCAGUUUAACGUCCAGGCUCUUGUGGCAGUAGGAGACCAUGCAAGCAAGCAGAUGGUUAAAUUUGCUGCCAACAUCAACAAAGAGAGCAUCGUAGAUGUAGAAGGUGUUGUGAGAAAAGUGAAUCAGAAAAUUGGAAGCUGUACGCAGCAAGAUGUAGAGCUACAUGUUCAAAAGAUUUAUGUGAUCAGUGUUGCUGAACCCCGUCUGCCCCUGCAGCUGGAUGAUGCCAUUCGGCCUGAGGUGGAAGGAGAAGAGGAUGGAAGAGCUACUGUUAACCAGGAUACAAGAUUAGACAAUAGAGUCAUUGAUCUUAGGACAUCAACUAGCCAGGCAGUCUUUCGUCUCCAGUCUGGUGUCUGCCAUCUUUUCCGAGAAACUUUAAUUAACAAAGGUUUUGUGGAGAUUCAGACUCCUAAAAUUAUCUCAGCUGCCAGCGAAGGAGGGGCCAAUGUAUUUACUGUGUCAUAUUUUAAAAAUAAUGCAUAUCUGGCUCAGUCCCCACAGCUGUACAAACAGAUGUGUAUUUGUGCUGAUUUUGAGAAGGUUUUCUGUAUUGGACCAGUAUUCAGAGCUGAAGACUCUAAUACUCACAGACAUCUAACUGAAUUUGUCGGUUUGGACAUUGAAAUGGCUUUUAAUUACCAUUACCAUGAAGUUAUGGAAGAAAUUGCUGACACUUUAGUACAAAUAUUCAAAGGACUUCAAGAGAGGUUUCAAACUGAAAUUCAGACGGUGAAUAAACAAUUCCCAUGUGAACCAUUCAAAUUUUUGGAGCCUACUUUAAGAUUAGAGUAUUGUGAAGCAUUGGCUAUGCUCAGGGAAGCUGGAAUUGAAAUGGGAGAUGAAGAAGACCUGAGUACGCCGAAUGAAAAACUGUUGGGUCGUUUGGUAAAGGAAAAGUAUGAUACCGAUUUUUAUAUUCUUGAUAAAUAUCCAUUGGCUGUAAGACCUUUCUAUACCAUGCCUGACCCAAGAAAUCCUAAACAGUCCAACUCUUAUGACAUGUUCAUGAGAGGAGAAGAAAUACUGUCAGGAGCUCAAAGAAUACAUGAUCCUCAGCUGCUAACUGAGAGAGCCUUACAUCAUGGAAUAGAUUUGGAGAAAAUUAAGGCAUACAUUGAUUCCUUCCGCUUUGGAGCCCCUCCUCAUGCUGGUGGAGGCAUUGGUUUGGAACGAGUGACUAUGCUGUUUUUGGGAUUGCACAAUAUUCGUCAGACCUCAAUGUUCCCCCGUGAUCCCAAACGACUCACUCCAUAA